CUGUGGAUAAAAUUUGGAUGAAGUACAUACUAUGAAGUACAAGUGGUUGGUUCAAAUUGGAAAUAAUUAAUUUACAUUUCACACAUGAUCAAAAAGCAUGUGGCACUUGUACUGGCUAACUGGUCUAAUAUGCUUGUCCAGUUGAUUCAACCUAGAAUCUAAUAUUAAGGAAAAUGUGUAAUAAAAAAAUUAAAUUUGUAAUAUUUACAUAAUGUCACUGAACUAUGCAUUCAGCUUUUCAGUGUUUCUAUUGGUGCUUGUAGUUUUAAAUAUAUAUUUUUUCUAUACACUAAAUACUAUUAAUAAAAAACCCUCGAAAUUUAACGUUUCAAAGCUCAGAGUUGACCUUACUUCAAAUGUGUUUCAAGACAUUUAUGAAUAUCUUAAUUAGCUACCAAAUCAAUAUAAAAACAAAAACUCAAAAUUUACGUCUAUACAGAAUAAACUAAUUCAGUCUUUUAACACAAGUAGAGUCACAAAUCCAGCACAUGUUUGGGUUGAAGUUGAUAAUUGGGUCAGUAAUAUAUCACUAUUUCCUCAUGAGGAUGGUAUUGGUGGAAAAAUGCUUCAUGCUCUGCAAUCCACAAAGAUAGCACUUGUGGAUAAUGCACCUAAAGGAACCCAGUUAAAACUAUUACUUCUUUUGGAAGGAAACCAAAAAGUGUACUUUAAGCCAAAGAGAUAUAAUUUAGAACAUGUAAUUAAUGGGAAAAUCUAUGCUGGCUUUGACCGUCAUAAUUCUGAAGUUUUUGCAUACUACUUGGCAAUGGUUUUGAAUCUUAAAUGGAUACCUCCCUCUGUAAUUAGAAAAGUACACCUGGAUAAUGAUAUUUUGCCAGUUGCAACAUCUGGAUUAAGAAAAUCUAUGCUGAAAAAUAAUAAAGGCACCUUGUGUAUUUUUGGUAAAUGUUUUUACUGUAAAAUCAAUGAAACAGUGUGUCCGGAUGAUAAUGGUGAAGUUGAAGGUGCUGCUAUACUGUACUUAGACAAACAGUUAAAGGUAUAUAAGUCACCAUGGCGGAGAUCAUAUAAUGCAAAGAAAAUGGAAUGGGAAAUUGAUAGUGAUUUUUGUAUGAAAAUUAGGGGUAGUUUGAGUACAAGACAUCUUCUUAAUCUUAUAGAAGUAUCAUUAUUUGAUUUUUUAAUCCAGAAUGGUGAUCGCCAUCGAUAUGAAGUUUAUAAAGAGCAAAUUAUAUUGUUAGAUAAUGGAAAGGGUCUGGGAAACCCACUUAUAGAUGAGCUAGACAUUUUAGCUCCGCUUUACCAGUGUUGCAUGCUUGCUACAUCGACCUGGCAACAUUUGGAAAUAAUAUCUGGGGGCAACCUAUCAGAAACAAUUAAGUUAUUAUCGAAAUUUCAAGGUAUAAAAUUGGCAACAGAGGAACACUUUAAAGCUAUAGAAAGGCGAUUGUUAAAAAUAUAUGCAACAGUGCAAUAUUGUAUAGGAAGAUAUGGUAGCGCUAAAGUAUUUAGAAGAGGUUUUUAGUAUAAAUAUAAUUUAUAUAAUUUUACCUAAUGAUUACUUAUCUAUUGAUUACGAAAAGUAUGUAAAAACUACUGUUUUUUGAUACUAUAUUAUGUUAUUUCAUAUUUGAUAAAUAUAUUUAUUUUUAUAAGUUAUAUCAUUAAAAAUAUUUAAUUUUUAUAUGAUCAAU